AUCAUGAUGUGCUGCAGAUAAUCUGUUUGUGGUGGUUGCAGAGUCACCCUGGUCUCCAGCCGUACUAUCUCAGAGCAACACGGAGCCAUGCAGGCCAGGCACUUGUUUCUGUUCACCGUCCUGGGAGCGGCGCUGUUCACGCUGGCGAUGGCCAACAAUGCCAGCGGUCCCGAGAGCUGCUGCUUCAAGUUCUUCACCAGGAGAAUAAACGUAACUCUCAUCCGCUCCUAUACCAUGACCGACAACAGGUGUCCGAGGAUGGGCGUCAUUUUCGUGACGGAGAAGGGCUUCAAAAUCUGCGCCAGUCCGAGGGAGACCUGGGUCCAGCGCGCCCUGAAGAUUGUGGAUGAACGUACCUUUUAAUAAUCACAUUAUCCAGCGUUAACGGCCUUUCUCAACUUUCCGCAAAAUGACCCGGGACGGGUAACAGCUAAUACUGCCCCUCCUGCUCUGGGUGGCUGAUUUUAAAAUGCUCUUCACGUGAAACUGUAGCCUCUGUGGGUGAACUGACGUGCUUAAUAAAUGAACGGAAGCCUG